AUGUUUGAGGUGGUGCUCGGGUCCGGACCCUGGAUCGAAGCGUGGCGUAAUCAGUCAGCAAGAACCCUCGAGCUGCUAGAUCUUCCCUCUUGCGAUGCGCUUUCUGUCGCAUUUCGUGAAGCGUCAACGGAUAGCUAUCAAGCAAUCCAAAGUGUCUACGUCUUUCUGUACUUGGCCUUGCGACCGAUGCUUUUGCUUUUUCAUUACGCUGCGAAAACGAUAUUUUUGUUCCUGUAUAAGCACAUAAUUGUCCAAGGUUUGUAUCGAAAUGGUCUUUCACAAGCAAGGGAAUGGUCAGUCCGAUUGUUUUACUUCCAGAGGUCUUUGACUCGAAAGCAGGUACUAGGGGAAGCUUCUUUCAUGGUGCUAUUCGUCGGUCUGUACAAACUUCGCCGACACGUGCAGGACAAGCAGUAUUACCAACGCAUACUGGUUUGGUAUGAUCGAAGAAAACUUCAAAUAGUAAAGUCUUACGAGAGCGGAGUCGAUCGAAUAGCAACUGUAUCGUUGGUGUUGGCUGCCAUGACACCGCAUAUGGUCUUCCUGACUUGUUGUGCCGGUAUCAAGUUAUUGUUUCCUUCUCUAAUUACGGUUGUGGCGUGUAAUUCGCCCCUCUCGGGCUUGCUAUCGCGCUGGAUUCCAUGGAUUGCUACCGUGACCGUCAUUCAUGACCGUUUCACGAACCCUCUGGAAAAAGACUCGGUUGGAUACACAGGCGAAGGAAAGGAGAAUUCUCGAAAAACUGAAGCAAUUUCUCCGCCUUCUUCGAGUAAGACAGCUCAGGACAAACAACGUCCUCGACAUCCUUUGACACCCAAAACAAGUGGAUUCUUCCCUCGUACACCUCCCUCAAACAAGAAGCGCCCCCGAAGCCGUCGCUCGUCCGUAGGCAGUCCGUUACAAAGAAUUCUUCGUCGCAAUUCCGAACCCCUAGACGAAGAAGAAAUCUACUGGAUCCAGUACUGGUCGGUGCAUGCUACUCUCCAGCUCAGCAAAGCAAUCGCUAGUUUUGUUCCUGUGCUUGUGAGCUUAGGGCGCUAUACAUGGAUAACAGCCGGUCUCCAGCAGCUCGAAUUGGCUUUCUAUGUAUGGAUCUACAUUUUACCAUGGAUUAUACCCGAGACCGUCGGUGGUAUGUCCCUUGCCGAAGCCCGACCCUUGCCGCUAUUAGCAAAACUCGUUGGACCAUUUUUCUCUACGACUCAUGAGCAAAUUUCGUCGGUUGUGACGACGGACUUUUGGCAAGCCCAGAUAGUCAGUCGGUUGGAGGGAAUUCUCAAGGUAUUUGUGUUUCUUCAAUUGUUGUCCAAAGACAGCGCGGGCUCUCUUGUCCUCUGUCUGCAAGAGGGUCGCAGUCUUCUGGUUCCUGGCUUGACUCUAUUCAUGCCAGGUUUCAUCACAUCCUUUGGAGUGGCGUAUGUCCAAUUUGUUCUACCUCUUUCACGCACUGCUAGGGGCUCUACCAUUCCGACAACUAGCCAACUUCAGUAUUGGGUACUUCACGUCUUGCUGUCUUCGUUGUUCUGUAACUUGGCAAGUAUAUUGUGGUGGAUCCCAUUCUCGUCUCACGCCAUCUUUGUGGCGUGGGCUUACAUCUCGAUCCCUCAAAAAACAGUAUCAUGCUACGAAAGUGUGCGAGAAGAACUUCAAUCCUUUGGAAUUUUAGAAGGUGGCGAUAAACCAAGUAUAGAGCAAACCCGUACAGCGAAAGUGGUCCGCUGGGUGAUUCAUUCUUUGCCGGCUGCAGCUGAAGUUGAUGGAGGAGGCAUAUCAUCGAUUGACAACACAGCACAGUCUGAAAGUGGCUCCGCCGACAUUUCUCUGUUGGACCGACCACACGAAGACCCUCCAACCCCUGAAAGCCCAUUUUCCGCCCGUGGUGUUUCCAGAGACGACGAGGGCUACGUAGAAGGUGAUGACUGUACUCUUGAGACCGCGCGCCAAUUUAGGAGGCGUAAUACAACCCGUCUAUGUCGAGCAAGAGACACCACAAAAAAUUCGAAGGCGGCAUAGGUCAAACCGGUCAUCAUCAAAAGAGAAUGCGCGCAGCAGAUGAUACAAGAAUUCAUCUUCGAAUGAUUAGAAUAGAAGAAACAACCAUUGCAGUGAUUUGAGUUACAGUUAUUGCGGUGUACUUGCGGAUUGUUGGCACCCAACUGCCUGAGCUAGCGCAAAUAAGUACUUUAUAAAAGAUAGUCACUACCUU